AUGCAUAUUAAGGGGGACGCUAUCCCUCGCCCAUUACGGUUUCCAACAUGUGAGCUCCGAUUCCCGUUUCAAAGGGAGAAGUUACAUUGUAUGAGUCUCCAUAACCCCGCUUUUUCAAAGGAUUGUUGGGUGCUUUCGACUCUAGACCUGACACCACUUCUUCAUAACCCGUUUACCCGUGAGACCUCCUUCUACUUACUACCCCGCACACGCAACUGCCGUUGGUUAGCCUUCUCAGCCGCUCCUACAUCAGCUAGCUGUAUGGUGAUCUCGUACACCCAAUUCCGCGCAACUGUUGUGAUCGAAACUUGGCGGCCUGGUGAAACCGUAUGGACUACGCACUCGUUUGAGAACCAGUUACCCUUUCGCAAUUCGGGGAAAUGUGUCUUCUCCGAUGGCAUGUUCUACUGUCUCAGUACCUGCGGCUAUCUUGGGGUUUUCCACCCGUCUAAAGAAGCCACAUGGAAUGUUCUUCCACUGAAGAAACCAUGUCCCGCCUUUGAUGUUUUCGAUUACUUUAACCCUGUUUUUCUGACGGAGCAUCAAGGGGACAUCUUUGUUAUUUAUACACACAGCGACAACAGCAACCCAACCGUGUUUAAACUAAAUUCCAAACGCAACGAAUGGCAAGAGAAGAAAGAUCUUGGUGGCUUGACAAUAUUUACAAGUUUGCCUGCCUCUUUUGUAAGAGCUGGUCUCUCCACGGAGCAUAGGAACAAAAUAUAUCCAUCGUGUAUUGAUGAAUUUGAGCAAUAUGGCACGUACUACUCCCUCGGUGAUCUCAAAAGCUCUGAUCCCCCUCCAACACACCGAGUGUCUCGCCACCGCCUUUGGGUGGAGCCACCUCCCAACAACAACGUUCAUUUGUGA